UCAGCUGAAACAACUACCGGACUGUGAAUUCGUGUGCGCGCGUGUGUAUGUAUGUGUAUGUGUGUUUGAGUGUGCGCGCGCGCAGGGGAAGCACCGGACCGUCCGGCGGAACACCGGCCCCGCUCUGCCCGGCUCUGCCCCGCUCCUCCCGGCUGUAGAUGAUGUUUAAAAGCCGGUGAGUGUCCUGGACACAGACUGAGCCGGAUUAUCCUGUGAGCGCAGACCGACCCCCCACCCCCCCACCCCUUCUGUUCUGCGGACCCCGGACCCUCACCCCCCACCCCCCCCCCACCCCACCCCCUCUGUUCUACUAGAGUUUUUUUUUUUUUUAUGUCGGAACUCAGCUCCGCUCCGGCCAUGCUCGUGCGUCUGCGUCUGUGCGUCUUGGUGACAUUCGCGUGGAGGCUGUGCGUGUGCGCGGGCUCGUUCGUGCCGUGCGAGCCGUGCGACCAGAAGGCUCUGUCCAUGUGCCCCCCGGUGCCGGUGGGCUGUCAGCUGGUCAAGGAGCCCGGCUGCGGCUGCUGCCUGACCUGCGCCCUGGCGGAGGGGCAGCCGUGCGGGGUCUACACGGGCACGUGCGCCCAGGGCCUCCGGUGUCUGCCCCGGAGCGGCGAGGAGAAGCCCCUGCACGCGCUCCUGCACGGGAGGGGGCUGUGCACCAACGAGAAGGGAUACAAGCACGCGCAUCCGAACCGAGAUCGUGAGUCUCGAGAACAUGAAGAUGCCGUCACUCCAGAGAUUCCAGACGACGUGCUGCCGGCUAAAGUGCCUCUGCUGCCCAAAGACAUAGUCAACAGUAAAAAGGUCCAGGCUUUACGCAAAGAGCAGAAGAGGAAGCUGGGAAAGCAGCGCUCCAUGGGCUCAGCGCUGGAUUACUCCCCUGUGCCUGUGGACAAGCACGAGCCCGAGUUCGGUCCGUGCAGGAGGAAACUGGACGGGAUCAUCCAGGGCAUGAAGGACACGUCUCGGGUCAUGGCUCUGUCCUUGUACCUGCCCAACUGUGACCGCAAAGGAUUCUUCAAACGCAAACAAUGUAAACCCAGCCGUGGCCGUAAACGGGGGAUCUGCUGGUGCGUGGACAAGUACGGCGUCCAGCUGCCGGGGACAGACUACAGCGGAGGGGACAUCCAGUGUAAAGACCUGGAGAGCAACAACAACAACAACAACGAGUGAAAAGGGGAGGGGCCGGCCCUCCUCGGCCCCUCCCACCCCUUUACCACCAUGUGACCCAGGGCCCUGAAUCACAUCUGUAAGCUCCACCCCCUCUGUUCACAGCAUGACAACUUUUUCUAAUUGAAAAAAAGGAUAAAAAAUCCAAAACGAAAGCAACAGGCUGAAGAAAAAAGACACCAGAUGAUUUUCUGUCAUUUUCCGUUAACGAAUGAGGGGAAAAAACUCCCAGAAGACUUCAGUCCCUGGACCAGUACUCAUGUACAAUCCAGGUCCGACUGCAGAUCCAUGAAAAUAUGUAAACGAUGGAGGCGGGGCUUUUACUGCGACACUUUGUAUUCUGUAAAACUAACACAAAUCCAUUCUCUGUCUCUCUCUCUCUCUCUCUCUCUCUCUCUAUCUCUCUCUCUCUCUCUCUCUCUCUCUCUCUCUCUAUAUAUAUAUAUAUAUAUAUAUAUAUAUAUAUAUAUAUAAGGCACAUGAUCUGUGUGAGGCUGUGGAAUCUGAUGGCACUCUGGAAAGGAUGAUUUUCACAUUUUUGUUUUGUUUUGGGUUUUUUUGUCUGUUUUCCAAAAGAAAAAAAAA